AUGGUUUUAUCCCGUUUGCUGACCUGGACACGACUUUCUCUGGUAGAUCAAGAGAUUGGCCAGAUUUCUGCACAGGUACGCCUGGGAAACUUCACCGGCUCUAGAGAAUUGGGUAUUACGGUGACGCGGCUGCUUCUCCGAACUCACUGGUUGGAUCUCAAGAAGACUGUAGAGCGUUUCCAAGACAGGGUUGAUCAGAUUGGAUACGACAAAGCGGAUAGAAGUUAUUUGGCUACACAGGCUGAGAACUUCAGGCUGGAAUUAAAGCAGUUUUCCGAGAAAGUGCCAGACGUAUCACGACCUAGCUUCCUUAUGGCCGUAUAA